AUGAUGGCAUGCCAAUAUGAUUAUGGGUUACCAGAGGGGGGUAUGCCGAAGCAUAACGAUCUGAGGCAAGCAACUCAACUUUUGCUCGAAUUGAAGAAUGAAUUUAUGAAGGAAAUGAAUCUAAAGCAGGGAAGUUCACCCGGGGCGUUGAAGCGUUAUGGCCACGGUAUAACAAGCGAAGGCUACUCUGAAUUUAAUUGCAGUCGACGUACGAAAGAAAGGGCUGAGCGUGUGAAAGUAUAUUUGGAAAUAUACUACUUGCUGCUGAACAAGUCAGUCACUCGCGGAGACGCAGGAUCAUCUGCCGGGGUCGAGGGCGUGUACAACCCGUUGCAGACCAUCAGAAACCGCAAACUCCGGAAGGUUUACAAACACUACCCCAGCGCGAUCCAAGUAGGUAGUCCUAUCAUUGCCAUAAAGGAUUUCAGUCACUCCAACAAGCCCUUUCCCUGGUUUGUAGACAUAUACGAGCGCUCCUAUGACAUGGCAUGGCGGACAAGUCAUUGGGAAAAGCUGCGAAAGCCAGAUGGGAGCCAUUGGUUUCCACCGACACCUCGUGGGGGCAUUAGCCGUGGCCUGCCGCACGAGCGUGCUAGAUUUCAACGCAAACAGAGUACAGCUGGUGGGGCAUCAGAUGCUGCGGAGAACGAGGCCGAAUUCUCUGGCGGUGGCCCGAGACUUCCGGAGGAAGACCCAGCAUCAGACUUACCAAUUGAGUCAAACCUGCAUCGUGGUCGAGGUUUCAAGAAAACGUUUCUAUCGCGGCUUGCCAGGUCACCGCCGAAAACGCAGGGUGUAACAGUAGAAUUGGAUGAUCUGAUAGCCGGCGAUGUAUCCACAUCGAGCGCACAAGCCUAUAACACGCCUGUGGAUGAGAAACAACGCUCCAACGCCAGGAAUCUCUUCGAAAGUGUCAAAAUUGUGAAUGUUAGGCGUAAGCUCAGUAACUCAGACAUAGAGAGAUCCACUGAUAGUGGAACACCAUCUCAAAUUGAGAUAAAUCCCACACUUUUAAAUGAUAGACGUCAAGUAACAUACCUGCAUUGCACUUGGGCUCUAAUAAGGCAUCGCGAAGAAAACCUGCGGCGGCGCCAGCAAUUACUCGUUCAGAAGUCCGAAGCUGCGUUUUUAAUAUGUUCAGGUAUAGGAGAUGAGCUGCCGCAACAUAUAAAUGCGCAACGAUCUUACGAGGAUGCCCUAGCGGCCGGCUUUGAUCUCUGCCAGAGGUGGAAGGAUCGACUACUGAACAUAUAUUCCUUGCGAGCCGAUGAUUUGCUGCAAAACAGCGACAGGGUGAUGUCCAGCGUCAACACAACGCUUACCUUGCGCACAAAAUCUCUCCAGGAGCUUAUUGAUAGACUGGGCAUCAGCCGAUACUACCCGCGACCUGGAGUCGCGACUCUCCUGUACAGUGCGCUUGAAUGCAUCAUCGUCGCACUUCUCUGGGUCAUAUGGUUCCUGUUUUCGAUACUUAAAGCAAUCCACUUUCUCCUAUAUAGGCUGAUCGCACUUAUUACCUGGCUGAUGUAG